CUGGCUAAGCUGCUGCUGCUGCUGCCUCUCUCCCUGUGUGACUGAGAGAGAUACUCAGCCCCCAGCAGUGCCAGUGCCUAUGUGUGCGCCCGGGCUUUGCCUUUCCUCUCACACUUUACAGCUUUGGGUAGCUUUGCUUAUUUUUUAAAUUUUCUUUUAUUCUUUUCAUUUUUUAAUUUUCCUCUCCCCUCUGCUUUUUUUUUUUAAUAACUAUUUUAAAAAGGGAUUAUGGAGGCAGAUGGGAGCCAGGCCACCUCUGGGAGUCCGAAUGAUUCUCAGCAUGACCCCGGUAAAAUGUUUAUCGGCGGCCUGAGCUGGCAGACCUCUCCAGAUAGCCUCAGAGAUUAUUUUAGCAAAUUUGGCGAAAUCCGGGAGUGCAUGGUGAUGAGGGACCCCACCACGAAGCGAUCCAGAGGCUUCGGUUUCGUUACGUAUGCAGAUCCUGCAAGUGUAGAUAAAGUGUUAGCUCAACCCCACCAUGAAUUAGAUUCCAAGACGAUUGACCCUAAAGUUGCAUUUCCCAGAAGAGCACAGCCUAAGAUGGUCACAAGAACAAAGAAAAUAUUUGUAGGUGGAUUAUCAGCGAACACAGUAGUGGAAGAUGUAAAGCAAUACUUUGAACAGUUUGGCAAGGUUGAGGAUGCUAUGUUGAUGUUCGACAAAACUACCAACAGACAUAGAGGUUUCGGCUUUGUAACCUUUGAAAAUGAAGAUGUCGUGGAAAAAGUUUGUGAAAUUCACUUCCAUGAAAUAAACAACAAAAUGGUUGAAUGUAAGAAGGCACAACCUAAAGAAGUUAUGUUUCCUCCAGGAACGAGAGGCCGAGCGAGGGGCCUACCCUACACUAUGGAUGCUUUCAUGUUGGGCAUGGGGAUGCUGGGUUACCCAAACUUUGUCGCAACGUACGGCCGAGGAUACCCUGGAUUUGCCCCAAGUUACAGCUACCAGUUCCCAGGUUUUCCUGCAGCAGCAGCCUAUGGACCAGUAGCGGCAGCAGCGGUGGCAGCAGCAAGAGGAUCAGGAAUCCCAGAUUAUGGUUUCUAUACCUCGCCCGGUGACCAACGGGCUGCUUUAUCGUUCGCGGAUUACGGUUCCAUGGGACCUCGAGCGGCACAGAUGCUUCGUAGUGAGCAUGCUGCUUCAGCAAGUAACUCCCCACUCCAUCACCUUCCAAGCCCGGAUCAGUUUAAGAGUCCAGUUUUGAAUAGCUACAGCACUCAACCGAAUUAUGGCGCACCCGCAUCCCCAGCAGGCACCAACCCAGCUCGACCAGGUGGAUUUCCAGGGGCCAACAGCCCAGGCCCUGUAGCAGACAUCUAUGGGACCGCCAGUCAAGACUCUGCUGUGGGUAACUACAUUAGUGCUGCAAGUCCUCAACCAGGGUCAGGCUUUGGUCAUGGAAUGGCUGGGCCUUUGAUUGCAACGGCUUUUACAAAUGGAUACCAUUGAAACGUUUCAUGUGGUUGGUUGCCAUCUCACUUUGAGAAUUUGUCUGGAUGCCCAGGCAAGACUGGACGAAGCUUCUGAAUGGUCCCAUGUUGGGAUGAUGUCAUCGGGCCUUGAGUACUACAUUAUCACUAGUACAGGACAACCACACACAGACACACAUCUGGAGAUGGCAUUCCGUGGACUGCAAUGGUUUCAACAUUGUCAUCUCAUGAACCUCUGCUGUGCUAUAGAAUCUUCAGCUUUUUAUUUCCAAAAAAAAAUAAUAAUAAGCGCAGACAUCACAUGUUUUUCUUGUUGCUUGUAAUUUGUUUUACAUUUUAUUAAGUGUUGGGAGUGAAAGCAUAGGGGUUGAGCUACCCCUCUAGUUUUAUUUCUUCUUAAUCUUUUAUGCGUUUAGCUGAAGCUAAUCAUAGUAGAUUAUUAUCACUAACAGCUGAAUUCUUUUUACUUUGUCCUUUUUUCAUCAUUGUUAUUUUGUAAGAUGGAGAUUGCGAUUUUUUUUACAAAAGUUGCAAACUUGGGUACCAGUCAGAUGUAUAAAUAUAAGAGAAACAACCCUAAAAUGACCUUUAAACCGGCAUUCAACUGAAGAGGUAGGGUUUUCGCACAAAACAUUUAAAACGAGUGUAUGGUUGCGUUAUAGCGAAGUCUCAGUUUCAGUUUCAUGAUGUAAAUAAUGUAAAAGAGCAGCUGACUACAGUGAAUAUCUGGAGUUUUCUUUUUUGUGAUGUCUCUCUUUAUUAAACUGAUGCUAUAUAUUUUCGGCAAUAACUUAAGGACAAGAAAUUUUUGAGUCCUUGGUUUUUUCUAUAAGUGCUUUUUUUUCUUGUUGAAAGAGGUGAUAUUCUAAGGUUUUAUGAAAUUCAUUCUUAAGAUAAACAGCACUGUAAAUAUUCUUCCAUUAACUACAUGUAAACCCGUAGGAAAGAGAAAUCUUAAAAGUAUAUAUAUUAUUUUUUUCGGAGGGGGAGGGCAUAUUAUCUGCAGCAUCUCUGGACAAAACGGGGAAUAAAAUGCAUCUUUGUAGGCUUUGAAACCCCUGAGUGAGUUGCCAAGGUGUGCCCUUUUAGCUAGAUUAACACUGUUGAGCUUGUUGUGUAGGUGUUUUAGACCUGAUAACUGUACUAGCGUCAUACCAGCAUAUUACCUAUUUAUACUAUGUGCACAGCUUAAAAAAGUCGAGUUCUAUUUUUAUGUUGUUUAAAGGAUAAA